AUGCAGGGCGACGGCGAGGUGCUGUUCCUGGGCGGCGUCGGGGAGGUCACCGUCACCCUCGGCCACGACGGCCUCUCCUUCCUGCCUCUCCACCCGGAAUUGGGUUCUUCAUGUUUGUCAUCUAUCGGAUUACUACCAAAAUUAGAGAACAAAAUCAAGUUUUCGGAUGUUUAUGCUGUGGAGCUUCUUGAUGAAGGUCCUGUAUGUGGACCUUGGAAUACAAGAAUUGUCGUCCAAAGCAAGAAAAAUAGUGAGGUUAUAGCAUUCCUUCUAGUUGUUUUACAGAGUUCCUUUUCUGUAGUUUGUGUCAAAAGCUUCUACUCUUUUUUAGCCAAAUGCAUUAUAAAAGUUCUUUCACAUGCCAUGUUUUAUGCUCGUGUUCUCUUUAAAAAGCUGUUGCUCAUGCAGAUGCACCGCUUUGCUGUACAUGUAAUCACCAGAUCAAGAAAACACCCUUCUCAAUUGGUACCUUAUGAAUAUCUUUUUGGACACAAAGACCCGGAGACCUGCAAAAGCUGGGUUGAGCAUCUCAGUGCAUGCAUAAAUAAUGAACAGGACAGGCCCAAGAACCUGAUGGUGUUUGUCCAUCCACUUUGUGGAAAAGGUAGAGGAUGCAAAAAUUGGGAAAUGGUAGCUCCGUUAUUUGACCGGGCAAAAGUAAAUACAAAGGUGAUAAUCACGGAAAGAGCAGGACAUGCAUAUGACACCUUAGCAUCAAUAUCAGAUAAAGAGCUCAAGAAAUUUGACGGUGUUGUUGCAGUGGGUGGUGAUGGUUUAUUUAAUGAAAUCCUGAAUGGACUACUAAAUUUGAGGAAUAAGACUUCUUAUCCUCCAACUCCAGAGGGCUUUGGAUAUUUUGGAAGCACUGAGAAGUGCCAAGGAUAUAGGAACGAUGGGCUAAACAACAGUACGCCCACAUCAGAUGCUGUAAAAAAUGUCAUGCUCCGUGUGGGUUCCAACAAAUCUGAUGAUCAUGAACCUCUUCUUUCGACUGGGCAAUCUGUUGGAUUAGACAUCUCAUCAUUAAAUCCAAAUACAGAAUCAUCUACUGGAGAUCAAGUUCCUUCAGUCUCCUUCCCAAAUGAUUGGUUUAGGCUUGGCAUAAUUCCUUCUGGCUCAACAGAUGCUAUUGUACUCAGCACAACUGGGGAACGAGAUGCUGUGACUUCUGCCCUGCUUAUUAUCUUUGGUAGAAGGAUAGCGCUUGAUAUAGCUCAAGUAGUCAGGUGGAAGAGUAGCCCAUCAGCUGAGGUCUUACCUACUGUACGCUAUGCAGCUUCAUUUGCAGGAUAUGGAUUUUAUGGAGAAGUCAUAAGGGAGAGUGAAAACUACCGAUGGAUGGGCCCCGCACGUUAUGAUUUUUCUGGAACCAUGGUCUUCCUGAAGCACAGAUCUUAUGAUGCAAAAGUGGCUUUUCUUGAGAAUGAGAACUCUCAUUCACUUGCUGCAUCAGCAGAGAAUGUUGCAGAUGAAGUACAACCACUGCAAUCUCGUAGAAAAAGAUCCCGCAAAACAAUUUGCUUGGCAAAUUGUUCUGUAUGCAAAGAAACUUCAACAACUGGACAAAAUUCAGAAGAUGAGAUUCCAAACAGCUCCCAAACGAUUCAUGAUAACCCAAAAUGGAUCUGGUCCGAGGGGCGUUUUCUAAGUGUCGGUGCAGCUGUCAUUUCAUGUCGCAAUGAAAGAGCCCCUGAUGGCCUAGUGGCUGAAGCACACCUCUCAGAUGGUUUUCUUCACCUUCUGCUCAUUAGAGAUUGCCCUCUUCCCUUAUAUUUGUGGCAUCUGACACAAUUUACUAAGAAGGGGUCGGACCCUUUAACCUUCAAGUUUGUUGAACAUCAUAAGACGCAAGCAUUUACCUUCAUUUCAUCACACGACGAAAGCGUAUGGAACUUGGAUGGCGAGCUUUUUCAGGCCUGCGAAGUGUCUGUCCAAGCUUGCCGGGGCCUUGUCAACCUCUUCGCGUCAGGGCCAGAGGUGUAG